GUUUCGCUUUCCCCCCACCCUCUCUAGUUCUCUCUUUCUCUCUCUCUCUUUCUCGAGAUUUUGAUUGAGAGUGCCGUUUGAGACCGCUUUUGGAGUUUUUGAACCCUAGAAAUUGAAAAUCCCCCACCCCAAAAUCCUCCCCCAAAUCCAAUCCCUCCUUCUUCUUCUUCUUCUUUCUCGUCGUCGUUCUCCUCUUCCGGGGUCGGAGAACCCUAGCCUGGUUCCCCCUCCUCCUCCUCCUCCUAGGGUUUCGGAUCCUCCGGCUCCUCGGUCGCUCCUCCCAUGGCGACGGCGCCGCCGCCGGUGCCGUCGAGGGUUGGGUGCGGCGGCGACGGGUGCUGCGCGCGCGAGCCGUGGCCGCUCCACCACGUUCGCCACCGCAGCGUCUUCUGCCUCCUCUGCACCUCGUGCGUCCUCAGGUACCACCAUGGCCUCUUCUGCUCCUCCUGCUUCGACCUCCUCGACCCUCCUCCUUCGCCGCCGCCGCCGCCGCCGCCGACGACCGCCGCCGCGGCGGCCUCCGCGGAAACCCUCGUCCACUGCUCCAAGUGCCCCUCCGUCGCCCACCGCGCGUGCCUCGCCGCGGCGGACCUCGCCGCCCAGUUCCUCUGCCCUAGCUGCAAGAACCCCGAGGGCUUCUCCUACCUCCCCGUCCCCGGCGAUCCCCCCAAGGGGAAGGGCUCGGGCGAAUCCGACCGGCCGCCCAUUAAUCGGCCCUCUGCGAAGGUGUUUCUCGCCGCAGCGCAGCUGUCGGCUACUUCCAUGAGCAAGGCGGCGGCGGCCGCGAGGGCGGACGCCGAGAGGAAGGUGAAGGAGGCUGCCGUGGCGAAGAAGCGGGCGAGGGAGAUGCUCGAGGGGCUCCUCGUGAUCGCCAAGAGAGAGGAGAAGAUGAACGGCGCCAAAGGUUCGGUUACUCCUAUUCCGGUUCCGGCUCAGGAGGCGGCGGAGCCGAAGAAGAAGGCGCCGAGGCCUAGCAGUACCGUGUCGGCGCAGAAGAAGGUCCAGAGUAGGGAAAGAGAGAAGUGGAUGAGAUUUCACGAGUUUCCGUCCGUGCACAGACCUGUGCCGGGGAAUUCGGAGAGUGAUAAGUUGAAAGGGCUUUCUUCCAUAUCCUCUAUGCAAAACAAUGUUGGAGUUGAUUCGAAGGAUAGGGUGGGGAGUCUAUCUCGCCUUCCGAAACAGGCGGAGUGUCAAGAGAAUGAGAAGAAGGGGCUCUCUUUAGGGUCUCAAGGUCGUAUUGCUGUUAAGGAGGAGGAUAAAGGUUUUUUACCUGAUGCGGAUAAGGCUCCGAGGAUACCUCAAACAAUUCAAGAUGCAUCGAUUCCUGUAAGUAAUUCGAGAGCCUUAUUGUCAGGUUCACCGAGUACAGCAAGCUUGCGGUUGUGAGUUGCUUUUGUGGGUACAAUUUCAUAUGCUUCUCAUUAUGUUUGUUUUUCUUCUCCUGAGGCAUGACUUGAAUCAUUCUGAGAUGUUUGAGAGGAUUUUGUAUGUUCUCUGACCUUUUAUCUGGCGGAAUUGAUGGCAUUACAGUCAAUUGUAAGAUCAGAGUAAAGCAGACCUGCCUUGCUAAUCUGUAGUUUAUGUUCCUUUGACUAUCUGCAAAGAUGUUUCUUCUCUAUCAAUUUUCUAAGGUUGUUAGUUCUUUU